UCCAUAUCACACCAGCUGAUGUCCUUCCGAGCGAAGAAUGGCUCCGCCGUAGCUGUUGCGCAUAGUAGUAGCCUUACUGCAGUGGCAACAAGCAAAGGAUCGUUACUUGUAUUUGAUGCGGAGGGACGCUUGGAACGAUUUUGGUCUGGUGGUGAGUCUGAUGGUUCAGCGUCAUGUGUUGCAUUUUCCGAGGGUGGAAAGUACGUAGCAGUUGGCUAUAGCAAAGGUUUUGUGAAGGUAAUCAAUGUGAGGAGUGGAACUGUAGAGGAGAUAAUAAGGGAAGCUGUUCAAAUAGGCCGUGGUGUCCUACAAGUUCUUUAUUUGGACUAUGGCCGCUCUAUCCUUACAUUGGAUAGUGGUGGAUCUGUCUUUGAAAUGCAUACUCGCAGCAGGUUCAGGAUGGGAAAAGCAAGGAUACGGUGCAUAUUUUCUGGCUGUAACGGUGAAGUGCUCCAUAUGAGGUUGUUACCACAUUCAUUACUUGCCUUGCUGACUGUUUCUAAGAUUCUCGUAGUUUCUACAAAGAUGGGCGGAUCUAUCGUGUGCGUUUUUCCUCUCGAGAUAAACUCGCGGUUUCCACCUCUGCUCGAUUAUAUCGAGGAGUUGAGUAGAAUGAUGGAGUAG